UCUUUGGGCCGCUAGGCACUAGUCUCGAUUUGCAUCCACCUCCUCACGGUGUAAGUGAGCUGCGCAUUUGAAACCCCGUUCCAGCUCAGGGCGCUUGUCAGCGGCGUAAACGCGAGGGUUGUCCGGCCUGAUGGUUCCCAUAUGCAACGUCCCAGUAGCCGAACAGGUAUAGAAGGGAAAUCCCCGAAAUGCAGGGUGGGCCUGUCGCACGGCAUCAGUGCAUGGUUUCUGCUUAGAUUUCGUCGCCUAGGAUCGUCAUUAAUAUAGAUCUUCAUUCGAAUUUCAUCGGCACCGAUAUGAUCUCGCUGAUGCCUCCCGAAUCGGCCAAUUCGUCGCCAGGUGCGAGCUACUGGUAUGGCAGCAGUCUGCCAAAUGGCCUCUCAAACAACCUCGACGGGUCACCAUCCGACUCAUCGAAUCCUCGGAUGCUGCGGCGAGCUUCAGAGGCGGUGAUACCAUCCAGUGCUUUUCAGAGUCAAGAGACAGUGCCUUGGGAUGGAAUAACCCCGCUCCAUCUCGACACCGCUUCAAUCCUCCGAGCACAGUCUGUAGCCCCUUCCGCGAAUCAUAAAGCCCCUCUUGCGCCGAAACAGGGCCUCGCAGGUGCAUUGGGCAGCGCAAGGAAUCAGCACCAGUCACCCAUCUCAGGAACCUACGCCCUGCGCACACCACGUGGGAAGAUCACUUCCAUAGCAUGCGAGAGCUGCAGAAAACGCAAGUCGAAGUGCGACGGAGUUCGGCCCAAAUGCAACACAUGCCAGACGAAGAAUCUCUGUUGCGUGUACGACGUCGCUGAGGAUGGGAAAACGACUACACAAUUGCGAGCUCACGUCAGACGGUUGGCAAAAGAGCUCGAUGACAUGAAAUCAAUUGUAUCUUUACUGGCAUUGGCUUCAGAUCGGAAUUCUGCUGCGACAUGGGCUAGUGAGCUGGAAAAGAACGGGUUUGCUCACCACUCAGCAGAAGAGAUCAAAAGAGCGCUUCAGGAGCCUGGUAGCCAGCCGGGACCCUUGGAGCAAGAUGGUCUCGAUACACCCGUGAGCGAACGGUUCCGGCGUCCGUCACAUAGUAUCGCCGAGUCUUCGUAUGACGGAUCCUCAAGGGGCGACAGCCGAGAGCAGAGCCAGCCUGCAAUCCCGUUCCAGACCCCGGAGCACGCCGGCGAUGGUGCAGGACCCUAUCCAUACAACGACAACAGUGACUCCAGCAAAUUCAGUUUCGAAUCUGCCUUGUACUGCAGGACCAAACGAGAGAUGCUCGCGAAUGGCUGGGACGAGGCGCAGAUAUUUGGGCGAAAUGAAAUGGAUGUGGAUACGCUCCUUCUAGGGUUUGCAGAUCCUCAAGACAGCCUCCCAGUUCCGACUUGGGCGAGCAAGAUGGUCAACAGAAUGCUACCGGCAGCGCCCAUGCCGGUGCGACUGGCAUCUGCGAGUCUUUUGACCAAGAUGAUGCGAUGGCUCAUCUGGCCGAGUGUCGAGAACUUAAAUGCCAUGCCGGACUGGUUGAUGCCUCUGGCGAGGCCAGACCCUUCGGGAUACGAUUUGCUCGUUGACCUGAUUCCCUGGCCCCAACUUCGCCAAUACUUAUAUCGACACCGGGGAGAGUUCGCUCUAGGCUCUUUCCUCGGCUUGAUCGGGAUCAACUGGCCGUAUGCGGAUGACGCGUGUCAUUAUUGGGAGAUUGAAUCGGCGUGCACAAGGCUAACUCCGUUAUUUGAGACACAUAUCAACGACCUGGAGAGCUGGACUUUGGACGCAAAGGCUCUCGAGAUCAUGCCUCAGCUUGAGGGCCUGGUACCAAUUACGAGGUGAUUUUAAUCACCAUGGGAUAAUACACUGUGUUCGGUGGCCUUCGUCUUCGUCUCCAACCUUCCUUGUACAUCCAUCAGAGGGUUUUUGGUAUCUUUGGCGUUAUAUGGGCAGCGCGAUUUUUUUGGCAAUAGCCAGCAUGGCGGG